AUGGGCAAAGUCGAACAGUACAACUGGAAAGGCAACUUUGACAUAAAUAUUCGCAUAUUGAGAAAAAUGGGUUUAUGGCCAGAGGGCGAAGGAACUUAUAAACCAGGUUUCUACAUGCUUUAUUCCGCAUUCAUGGUAACUUUGUUCCCCACGUGCCACAUUUUAUCAGAACUAGCAGAUAUUUACUUCGUUCUUGACGAUCUGGAAACAGUGGUUGGAAUAAUAUACAUAACGCUCAUCGAAAUCAUGGCACUGAUUAAAGUUUAUUUCGUCAUAACGAGAAUGAAGAUCAUUAAAGAACGCAUGGAAAAUUUGAAAGCUGACUGGUUUCAGCCGAAAGAUCGACAACAAACGUUGAUGAUUGAACCCAGUAUCACUUUCUGGAAACUUGUGUAUAAAAUGUUUAUUGUUGCUUGUUUAGGCUGCAACUUUUUUUGGUUGAUACCUCUUGUGAUACAGCAAAGUGAAGAGAAAACUUUGCCUUUUUUAGCUUGGUAUCCGAUUGACUGCAGCGAGUCACCAUAUUUUGAAAUAGCGUAUAUUUAUCAACUAUCCAGUACCGUUUAUUGUACACUAGUUCAGACAAAUGUGGAUACGUUGAUAUCUGGUUUCAAUGUGUAUAUUGGGUGUCAGUUGGAUAUGUUGAGUGACAAUCUGAGACGUAUUGCAAUGGCGGAAAAUUAUGACAAUGCUGGAGACAAUUUGAUAAAAUGUAUCAUCUAUCACAAACAAAUUUUGAGUUUUGUUGAUGGUUGCAAUAAGUUCUUCAACAUUAUUCUUUUCUGGCAUUUGAUAAUCAGUGGCGUCGCAAUUGGGAUAACGAUGUUUCAGCUAACUUUAGUUAAACCAAUGUCCAGCGAAUUUUUUUCAGUACUGUGGUAUGGUCUUGCAAUACUUGUGCAAAUAUUUAUGUACUGCUGGUUUGGCAAUGAAGUAGAGGUUAAGUUUUUCAUAUCUUUGUUUGAUAUUUAUUAUCAACUAACGCCAAUCAUGGAUAAAGUCCACUACGACUGGAAAAGUACCAUUAACAUGAACAUUCAAAUCAUGAAACUGAUGGGCUUGUGGCCAAACGGAGACAAAAUUUACAAAUCAGGUUUCUAUACGUUAUAUUGUGGUCUCGUGGUCAUGCUUUUCGUUGCAUGCCACAUUUCUGCACAAGUUAUCAACAUUUACUUCGUCCGCGACAAUUUAGAAUCCGUCGUCGGAAUCAUUUACAUAAUUCUGAUAGAAUUUAUGGCAAUUUGCAAAGUUUUCUACGUGAUAAAGAACAUGGAAAUUCUCAAGGGGCGAAUCACUGUUUUGAAAAGCGAUUGGUUUCAACCGAGGAAUCACAGUCAAACGGUUUUGAUAGAACCGAGUAUCAAGUUUUGGAAAUCUAUUUACAAAAUGUUGUUAGUUAUGUGUCUGGCGUGUAACACGUUCUGGAUGAUUUAUCCACUUCUGGAUGCGUCUGGGGAAGAGAAACGUUUACCAUUUCUGGCGUGGUAUCCAUAUGAUUAUAGAAUCUCACCUUUCUACGAAAUUACGUAUUGUUUCCAAGUGGUUAGUACAAGUUACUUGACUUUGAUUCAUAUCAAUGUUGAUACUCUUAUAUCUGGUUUUAAUGUAUAUACGAGAUGUCAGUUUGAUAUAUUGAGUGAUAACUUAAGAAAUAUUAGCAGCAUAUCAAACGACGUUAAUAAGAGUUUGAUAAAGUGUGUUUUGCAUCAUAAGCGAAUUUUAAGUUUUGUGGAAGGUUGUAGCGAAUUUUCUAACUGGAUUCUUUUCUGGCACUUGAUUAUGAGUGGCGUAUCCAUUGGAAUAACGAUGUUUCAGUUAACUUUGGUGGUGCCAUUUUCUAACGAAUUCUAUUCGCUUCUUUCGUAUGGACUUGCCAUUACUAUCCAGAUUUUUAUGUACUGUUGGUUUGGAAACGAGGUAGAAGUGAGGAGCAAUUUGGUUUCCUAUGCAGCAUUUGAGUCGGACUGGAUUGAAUUGCCUGAAGAUGUUAAAAAGAAUUUAUUAAUUUUUACUAUGAAAGUAAUUAAGCCGAUCAAGAUAUCCGCUUUCAAUGUUUUUUACCUUUCUUUAGAUACAUUUAUGAGAAUUCUCAAAACAGCCUGGUCUUAUUUUGCUCUUCUAUACCAACUUAGUUCGAGAAAUGAAUAA